AUGUUUGGAAACUUCACCUCCUUCGCCGGCAUUCCGGCCAAGAGCAAGGUUGAUCCUAAGGACGUACCGCCUCCUACGCCGGUUACUCUUCCUCGCUUUCAACCUUUCGCUCAAGACGAUGAUACCAUCGAUGAAUCGUCUGCGCUAUCUACUCUUCUUCGUAACACCGGAAGAUCAACUGCUGCUCUCGGUCCUUCGGGUUUCUCUGCCAUUGGUCUUAACUUGAACCUUGAUUCCAAGCCUACGGACCUGAUUCCCGAUACUUCAUUCAUCCCGGAUUUCGAUAGUUGGGACAAACUGUCGCCAGAUGAAGCCCAGGAGAAGAAUCAGUCCACCCGGAAACCCUUGAGAAAUGGCAACCUCUCUCCUGGCUGCCAUGUGUACCUCGAACGCAAGAAGGAAUUGUCGAAUGUCAAUGAAGACGCGUUUCGAACCGUCAGAAGGCUACCAGCCCCCAAGGGAAGGACACAGGCUCGUUUAGGGAAUGCCUAUGAGUUUUUCCGUUGCCUUGAAGCCUUUACCUCUUUCUGGGAUGACCCUACUCAGCCGUUACCGCUUCCUCAAUCCCCUGAAGCUUCUCCCGAAGUUACUUCAUCCGGCGAUGCCGCGAACUCAGGGGACGCAAAACCUGCUAGCCCCAAGCCAGAUGAGAGCGCAAACUUCUUUAGAACCAGCGCUGGAUCAUCUAUGCCACUUGAAUAUCGCAAUAACCUGAUAACAGCAUUCAUCAAACUUGUUGCUUAUGACUUUGGGUGUAACGUCUCGCCUUCUCGAACCGAACCACGACUUCACUUCAGCUCACCCCAAGGAUCUGGUUCUCGCAAAUCUUUUUGCCCCUCUGGCUGCCUUUUUAUAUUUCAAAGUCCCACAACCCGUGAAGCCGCUCGUGCAGGUGUGGUCCAGGGGCCCGUCGCCGCCGUCAGUGCCAGAGGUACAACUGACUUCACUCAGCCUGAUCCUGAGACUGCACAAUCACUCGACCUCGCUCGAGAGAUCGUAGCAGCUCUUAUUACAGCACAGCAUCGCGCACGUGAAGGAAAGACUGAAAAGCGAUUUGGUGAGGGAGAAUGGUGGACGACCAAGAAGCGCUGGGGAGGUGGUCCUGGGGGGCCCAUAGGACGCGAGAUCGAAAAGGACCUGGUACAAGGCGACAAGGACGCGAAGCCCAGUGACGAGAACGGUCUUCCGAUGCCACUUGCUAAGAAGCCUCGCAAAAACAUGAGUAUCUACGACAACUAUCGCAUGAUUCGACCUCCAUCGUCGACUUGGGACAAGAAGGCUCAAUACGAAGCCAUUGGAAGGCGCAAGGGAGCCGACUACGACGAUAUCUUUGUAGUGAGCUCGUUGUUUCACCAUAUCUCAAUCCUCCGUGUCAGAGUACCUAAUCGGCUGCUUGAGGCUCUGGAAGGGGCACGGGAGCCAGAUGCAUCCAGGCGUAGCUGGGGGAAGGUUGAGGCUUGGAGGAGCCCCUGGUACGAUCUAUUUGACACCACACAACGACUAGCAGCUAUGAAAAUAGUGUGGGGGAUGAUGGCUUACCAGAUGAGAAAAGAUGAUGUGUCUGAUGGGGACGUUGAUAUGACCAAUGCUUAA